AACUACUAAAAACAAAAACAAAAAAACCCUAGAGGCCUCUUUCUGCCAUCUUUCCGCGCUGGCACCAUGGUGCGCAUGGAUGUCCUGGCUGAUGCUCUCAAGAGCAUCAAUAAUGCUGAGAAAAGAGGCAAAAGCCAGGUCCUUACCCAGCCCUGCUCCAAAGUCAUCAUUAGGUUCCCAACUGUGAUGAGGAAGCAUGGUUACAUUGGUGAGUUUGAAAUCAUUGACGACCACAGAGCUGGGAAAAUCGUCAUGAACCUCACAGGCAGGUUGAACAAGCGUGGAGUGAUAAGCCCUAGAUUUGGUGUGCAACUCAAAGACCUAGAAAAAGGGCAGAACAAUCUGCUCCCAUCCCGUCAGUUUGGCUUCACUGUACUGACAACCUCAGCUGGUAUCAUGGGCCAUGAAGAAGCAAGACGAAAACACACAGGAGGAAAAAUCCUGGGAUUCUUUUUCUAGAAAUGUAAAACACAUUAAUAAAAAGCCUCUAUGGACUGUGAAAAACAAAACAAACAAACAAACAAACAAAAAACCCUAGAGAACAGAACUUUCCUAAUGAAGUGACAUUUGGAUGACCUGGACACACAUACACUGUUGCCCCCAUCAGAGCUGUGUGGUUUACUGACCUGUUACCCUCAUUCUGUCACCUCUCAGCCACUGCAGCAAAUACAACCUGUCUACCUGUCAAAGCUCCCCAACUUCACAGUCCUAACGUACACCUAUCUACAUGAAAGGACAGGAAAGUGACAAGGCUCACUUUCCACAUUUACUGUGAGCCAGGCCAAACAGACCAGCUUUCCACUCAACUCCCAGCCUCGUGCUUGUCCCCCUAGUGCCUCCUACAAUUUUAUUUUAUUUUUUUCUACUUUAUCAGAUACUACCUCCUGUACCUUCCUCUCUCACUGCAUAUCACACCGGUACUGUCUGUCUGUAUCUCUCCCCAUGAGUCCUAGGGUUAUACAGAGAAGAUUAUAGGACAGAAGUAAGUUCUGCCUCUGCCCCUCAACCAAGAGCUCAAUUUCUACAGGUCAGGGAAGCUUCUCCAAAGGCACAUGAGAUAGUACAUAUAUGUAAGUCACUAAAAGUCCAAUGGCAGACCUAGUCACUAGUUAAAGAAAUGUUGUCUAUGCCAGAUGUGGUGGUGCCUACUUAUGCUCCCAGUUACUUAGUAAGCUGAGGAAGGACUACAAAUUUUAAGGACAGCCUAAAGAUAACUUAGAUUGUCUCCAAAUGAAAAUUAAAAAUUAAAAAGUAGAGGAGGGCUGGCAGUGUUCUCAGUGACAUAAGAAUUUUAAAGCAAGAAAAUGUUGACAGAAUGCACUUUUCCUAUUUUCAAAAGAAUCUUAAGGACUCUAGCCAGAUAUAGUGGUGCAUGCCUUUAAUCUCAGCACUCCAGAGGCAGAGGCAGGUGGAUCUCUGUGAG